AUGUCAGAAAUAUCUCGAAGAGUGUCGUGUCGUGUCGUGUUGUCGAAAGUCUCUGAGCAGAGAAAAAGAAGUAAAAGAAGCAAGACUUUUACUGAGUGUUUGAGAUACGAUACUGCAAGCAAGGACUCUUCUGCCGCUGUAUACACCAAAAUCAACCCUGGUCUAUGGCUUCAUUGGCUUAUUGGCGUUAAGAAAGUCCCACGAGAUGAUUCCAACAUACCUGGUACUCAGACCGGGGCAAAAUGUGGUAUGUAUGAUAUGAUGAUUGCCAUUACGAUUAAGAAGUAA